CCAGCACCAAAUAGUACGUAACUAUGAGGCGGACCGGAAGGUUUGAUGAGCAAUCCCCACCAACAUUGCUUGAAAAAUCUACUCAAUAAGAAAACUACUACCACUUAAUAACAUAAUAAUUAUUAUUGAAUAUAAAAUAACUGUUAAUUCUUGAAUAUGACGGACAUUUUCCGAUAAAGCAUUUCGAAGUCCUUAUACCUUAAAGUACCCUAAUUCAGCGCAUUUUGUCCAAACAAAUAUAUUUCAUUUGAAAAUUUCGACCUCUGCCUAUUCCGUUACCUGGUGGUCAUAAAUUACAUGCUUACUAAAGCUUAUUAUGAACUAUAAUUUUAAAUUUCUGAAAAAAAAUACGAAAUGCGCGGAGUAAGGAUCUUGGCAGCGCUGAAUUACGCCACAUUACGUCAUUUUAUUUGAUAAUUUUUUUAAACUUGUAAAAACAAUUAUCAUUUACAUCUAAUAUGAGUUACUGUAUUGUUAUUUUAAUUUCAGAAGCCCCGGUGGAUCUAAUCAGGAAAUCGAUAAUGAUGCUAACACAAAGCAGCCUUCGAAAGGCGAAAUAUCCAACGACACAUCCUCCGCAAAUCUCGAAAAAGAUGAUAAAAAUGCUUCAGUCGACUCGAAUGAUGGUUCGAUUGAAGAAGAUUGCCAAAUAAUCAAAGCAGAGUUUGAGCCUUCUAGCCAGGAACCGGAUGAAAUUGAAGCACUCGAAGACGAACACCAUUCCGAUGAUGAUCCGGUUAUGAUUGACGAUUGCGAGAACGAGAAUUUGUCCGAAUCCGCUUUUGACCUGAACAAACUCGAAGACCAGCAGCCUCAAAGUAUGGAAGAAGACGAAGAGGAGGAGUACAUUGUCCAUCCGAGUGGAGUUAUCUAUAGUUCCGAUCAGAGCAGCGAUUUGGUCACAGUGGAUCAUCAAGCAAUGUCGGACAUUAUCUCUGAUGGAGAGUCGUCUGAUAUGAGGGAGCUAGUCGAAGUUUCGGCGAGUGUGUCCGGCGACAAUGUAUUCAGCAUUGUUACUCUUGAUUAUCAAUGCAACGUUUGUAACGACAUAUUUGAAAACGCUGUUACAUUUAUUCAGCACACAAAUACUGUGCACAAAGAAGAAUAUACACAAAACUGCAAACAUUGCUAUUUGAUUUACAAAACUAAGGAAGAACUGAUUGCUCAUGACUGCGCAGUGAAGCCGAAAAUUUUUGAGUGUUCAGAAUGUUCAAACAGAUUUCAAACAUUGAAAGAUUUGCGAACUCACACCAAGCAUGUACAUAGCUCCUCACAAGCAUACGGCGAGACUCCAAGAAAAGUUAACCUUUUCAAAUGUGAUUACUGUGAUCUGACCAUGAACAGCAAUCAACAUUUACUAGAUCACGUACAGGCAGCUCACGCGACGGAAUACGUACUACAUCUGUGUGACCAAUGUGACCGAUCUUUUGGAAAUACUCAAACCCUGAAGGCGCACAUGGCUGCCCACGAGCGCAACUACAAGUGCAGCUUUUGCGGAAAGUUAUGUCCAACCGCCGUUUCACUAGCUGGACACGAAAAUACCCACACCAAGGAUCAACCCUUUCAAUGCUCGCAAUGUGGCCGGAAUUUCGCCCAGUACACCAGUAUGCGCAGGCACAUGAAGAUCCACUUCAACGAGAAGGCAUACCAGUGCGACUUCUGUGCGAAACGGUUCCGCCAGAGGACGGUGAUGUUAACCCACCGGAGGAUCCACACUGGGGAGAAACCCUUUUCCUGCGGGACUUGCAACAAAACGUUUCGCGAUCACAGCACACUGGCGAAGCAUAAAAGGAUUCACGAGAAGAAACCACCUGCCAACAAGAAUUAGAAUCUAUGUACGCAUAUGUGUUGAUUUGUAAUAAAUUAUAGCUGAAUUUCUUUUACACA